AAAGUCCAAGGGCUUGUGAUGCCAUAGAGAGCACCGACUAGGCACAAUCAUGAUUCACGCGGCCCGGAGGACCUCGCUUGGCGAUCGGGUGUUUCUGCCGGCCAUUGUUCUGGUGUUUUCGGUUGAAGUCGCUCAAGGCCAAUACUCGUCCUUGCAUCUACCGUAUAGUAUAAACUACGAGAGAGAUGUACUCCAAACUCCAUCUAGAAUGGAAAUCUACGAGAAGUUCUUCCAAACGCUGUCCUACGCCGCCGAAGAGAACGAAUUGAACAAUACGGACAGUGUUCCUCUCGAAUUCCUCUUGCUUCUGCAGCGAAUAAGCUACGAUUUCGCCGGGGUCCGGGACACUUUCGAGACGGGGAUAACUAACAUGGAGACCUGCUCGACAUGCAGGAGUUUACUCGGACUUCUGUCGAACAUGAAGAGAUUUGUGAACCGGAACGUGUUCUUCAGGGGCCUGGGCUUCACAUGCCAAUGGUUCAAACUGAAUACUCCCGGAGUUUGCGCCGGGCUCAUCGACAAGUACCGGGAUGAAGUGGACUUCAUCAUGGACGAGGCUCGGAAGCGCCAAAUAUCAGUCGAAGACAGCUGCACUCUCGUUUUCGGACCGGCCUGCGGAACCCUCUCAUCAGAAUACCACAUUUGGGACAUGGAGGUGACAGAACGAGCAAACUCGACAGGACGCAAGCUCUCUUUGUCAUCUCUGAUAGCUCAAAAGCAGAUAAAAGCUGAGUCUGGAGACACCUACGGAAUCCUGCACAUCAGCGACACGCAUUUCGAUCCUGAGUACCAGGUUGGAAGCCUUGCGAAUUGUUCUGAGCCAUUGUGCUGUCAGAAAGCCAGUGGGGAACCGACUGGCCCCGAAUCUGAAGCGAGAGCUUGGGGAGACUACAGACGAUGUGACUUGCCACAGCAAACGCUCGAGAAUAUGCUCCAGUAUAUACAAAGCAAUAUGUCUGAAGAGAUGGAAUUCGCCUACUGGACUGGGGAUCUCCCGGCUCACGACUUAUGGAAGUUGACGGAACAGUCCAAUGAAUUCAACUUCAAUCUCACCUCUGAGCUACUGAAGAAAUACUUCUGGAAUGGACGGUUCAGAGUGUUCCCUACCGUCGGCAACCACGAAAGUGUCCCACCAAACAUGUUCACCCGGACGACGGAAUCUAAGCCCGGAGAGCCUGACCCGAAAUUCUUGAAGAAAACCCAGAAGCUCUAUGAUUUCUUGUGGGAGUCUUGGAAGCAGUGGCUUCCCGCGGAGGCCGAGGAAAACUUCCGCAAGCACGGAUACUACACGGCUCGACCUCGAAAGGGUCUCAAAGUCAUAUCUCUGAACACCAAUUACUGUUACUACUUCAAUCUAUGGUUGCUCCUGGAUUCACGAGACGCUGCAGGCCAAUUGGCUUGGCUCGACAGGGAGCUCUUUGAAUCGGAACAGGCCGGAGAGGCCGUUCACAUAAUCGGCCAUGUACCUCCGGGUCUCGCGGAUUGUAUCGAAACAUGGAGCAGAGGAUUCCACUCAAUCGUCGAAAGAUAUCAGGACACCAUCAAGGCACAGUUCUACGGGCACACCCACUACGACGAAUUCAUCGUCUAUUUCGACAAGGAGACAAGAGCGAUCCCCAUAAAUGUGGCAUACAUAGGACCAAGCGUCACGACAUACUCCUUCCUGAACCCGAGUUUCCGGAUAUAUCGCUCGAAUCAGCUCGACCACCGGAUCGAGGAUCACGAGACUUAUAUCCUCAACUUGACUGAUGCCAAUCUCAACGAUCGUGGAAUCUGGUUCAAGGAGUACUCAGCUCGCGCCGAUCUCAAUCUCACGGCUCUGUCACCUGCAGAGUGGAACAAUUAUGUGAACCGAAUGGCUCAACAACCAGAAGAAUUCGAAUCUUUCUACACGCGCUUCCUGCAUUCGUCGGAUCAGGACUUCCCGUGCGACCAAAGAUGCGCUCGACGUCAGUUGUGCCGCAUGAAAACCGACAUCGCCCAUGAUUACCGGCCAUGCGGCUCGAACAGCAGCGGAUUGUUGGACACGAUCAUGAACAUGAACGUCAGCUCUCUGGGCAUCGAUGAGAUGAUCCUGAGUAACGUGACCACGGACACUCGCGAAGGAGACCUGAGCUCUUUCUGGACAAUGUUCGACUACCUCCAGCAAUCAGUCGCGAGCUUCUUCCCCAGUUUCUACAUUGCGCACAAUAGUCCCCUGCAGCGUAUCGCCCUCCGGGAUCUAUGA